AUGACGAAGCAGAAAUCUAGACAGAAGAGGCUGGGCGACUGGCUCCCCGAUCACGACGUCCACCGAGAAUGGCUCGGCGGCAUCAUCGACCACGUGGACCAGAACCCCAAGGAGCUUCACCCGGUGCUGGUCGAGUUCAAGGAGUUGAUCGAAAACAACACCCGCGUGUACAUGCUCGUUGAGUCCAUGUUCGAGCAAGUCCCCAAGAAGGAGCCCUACAAUGACGACCCGCGCGGACACGGCCAUCCCCAGGUCCGUGAUUACGACCACAUGCUGCGUGUUAUCAACCACAUCUUGACGACGCCGCCAUCCUGGUCCGAGCGCUCGGCUCGCGUUGGCCUGGUCGGUCUUCCGUUCAACGCCCUCUUCGAUUGGCCCAUGGGAACGGCUUCGGGAUAUGCCGUGUUUCUUGACCCGGACGUCAACAAGAUGCUGAAGAAGGUGCUCAAUGUCUGGGGGGAUUUCCUCCGCUCUCCCGAGUCAGCCAAGGUUUUGGAGAAGGACGCAAAGGAAAGCUGGUUUGGUCCGCAUGGCCAGGAGGAGCUCACCACGACUGCAAAUCUAGGGAAGACGAGUUACAAGUUUGAGGAGUUGUUCCAGUGCAAUCCAUCGGCGCCUCACAUGGGCUACAAGUCAUGGGAUGAUUUCUUCACGAGGCUGUUCAAGGAGGGGGCUCGGCCAGUGGCCAGUCCGGACGACGACAAUGUGAUUGCGAAUGCGUGCGAGUCCAAGACAUUCAAGGUGGCGCGCGACGUCAAGGUCCGAGACCAUUUCUGGCUCAAGGGCCAGCCAUAUUCGGUCGUCGACAUGUUGGCGCAGGAUCCCUGGGCGGAGAAGUUCGUUGGGGGAACUGUGUACCAAGCUUUUCUUAGCGCAUUGAGCUAUCAUCGGUGGCAUGCGCCCGUGUCUGGCAAGCUGGUCAAAGCAUACGUGGUGGACGGGUCUUACUACUCGGAACCUCUGUUCGAAGACUUCAAACCCCAACACUCAGCGGACCCUGCCGGACAAGUGACCAGCCAAGGAUAUCUGACUGCCACCGCCACACGGGCCAUCAUGUUCUUUGAAGCAGACAAUCCAGCUAUCGGGCUCAUGGCGUUUCUAGGGAUUGGCAUGUGCGAAGUGUCGACUUGCGAGAUCACGGUCAAGGAGGGCCAGCACGUCAAGAAGGGCGAUCAGAUUGGCAUGUUCCAUUUCGGAGGAUCGACGCAUUGCUUGAUGUUUAGGAAGGGGGUUAAUGUGGAGGGGUUUCCGGAGCCACAUCCCGAGCACAACAUUCCAGUGCGAAGUGAGCUGGCGAGGGUGAAGGGGUAG